AUGGUUGUCAUCGGGACUCCUACACUUCAACAACGAAAAGCGAUUCUGGAAGUGAUUACCUCAAAGAUGCCAAUCUCCGGUCUUGUUGAUUUGGGGCUCCUUGCAGAAAUGACAGUUGGCUAUGUUGGCACAGACUUGACAGCACUCUGUAGAGAGGCUGCCCUGCAUGCUAUGCUUCACAGUGACGAGAAUCGGGACAAGUCAGUGACUGAUGAAACAGACUUCCUCGAAGCUUCUAAGAAUAUUCAGCCCUCUUCAUUUCGCAGUGCCAUUGGAUUGAUGGACAUCAAACCUGGUGACUGGGAGCAGAUUGGCAGUCUUGAUAAGAAGUGAAAACAGAGGGUUGAAUGGCCUCUGAAAUUCCCCCAAGAGUUUGUGAGGAUGGGCCAAAGGGGGCUCUCCUCUAUGCCCCCCACCCCCGGGGUGUGUGUGAAAACCUCCCUGGUGAGGGCUCUGGCCACCAACUGCUGGUGCUCUUUCACGUCUGUCAGUGGAGCUGAUCUCUUCUCACCUUUUGUUGGGUAUUCAGAAAAAGUCUUGUCUCAGGCAUUUCGACAAACAACAGCAAAUCUCACUCCAGCAAUUAUAUUUUUGGACAAAAUUGGUUCAAUCUUGGGUUCUCGAUCAGUCAGCAAUACUGGCUGUGAUGUUCAAGAGCGAGUUCUUUCUGUUCUUCUGAAUGAAUUGGAUGGUGUUGGACUGAAGCAAUCAAAUCAACAGGAUAAACUCAAGGAGCUGAAACAAAAUGAAGAGGAAGGGUUUCAAGAAGUUUUUAAUCAAAAGGUCAUGAUUGUUGCAGCAAACAAUAGACCUGAUGAUGCCUUGCUACGGCCUGGAAGAUUACAUAAGAUUCUUCCUAUUCCACCUCCAGAUCAAAAGGGCAGGCUUUCUGUUUGGGAAGUCUGCACAAAAAACAUGCCAGUCGGACCUGAUGUUGCUUCAGAAAGCCUCGCUGCAGGAACAGGUUUUUUCUCUGGAACUGACCUUAGAAACCUCUGCAAAGAAGCCGCCUUGCUGGCUCUUCAAGAAAAUGGACUAGAAGCAACUACAGUGAAACAGGAGCACUUGCUAAAAUCACCUAAAACUGUAAAACCUUCCUUAAGUCACAAGGACUUGACUUUCUAUGAAAACUUAUUUCAGAAACACAUUUCUAACCAUCAGUCCAGUGGUCUAAUGGACUAUGCAGGCAGCAGUCUCCAGAAGAACUAG